CACAGAGAGAUACACAUACAUACAAUGGCAGGCAUUUAACACACCAUAUUUCACAUCAAUUGUAAACUUUAUCUGAAAUAUCUAGCGAAUAAUAAGCAAGUCAAACAUAAACAGAUAGUUUAUUUCCACAGCCAUUUUAACUGAGCCAACGGAUUUUAUUUGUGCAGCAAAAGAAAAAAAACAUUAAAAAUUUGGCGCGAUCACCGUGACGCUGCUCUUGUUGUGGAGGCAGAACGGUUUCGCUUUCAUUUAUCAGCAAAAGUCACUUUUUAAAGUAGCCAGCAAAGGGAAAAAGUCACAAUGUCAGCGAAUGUCUAUGAAGCUGAGCGCAUGAAAGUCGAUGAUGAAGAAGUUCUAUUUGUUCUCUCACUGAAGUGGAUAAAUCCUAAAGAACCACAAAAAGUGAAGAGGCUAGAGACUAGUCUAGAGAAAAUGCUUCAGUCUUGGUUCAACAAAUGCAAACAUAAGGUGGACUGUUCAGUGGAAAGGACUUUAAAAGAUGGCCGUGUUGUGGUAAAGACUAAACCAGCUCCAGCCCUGGCUGAUCUUCAGAAACUGAAUAACCAAACACUAACUGGGAGGGAUGGACAAUCAGUCACCAUAACAUCCAUCAGUCUCACACUGUCAUCUCCACAGCUCGAUACACAAGUACCAGAGGAUGCUUUAAUGAACCUUUCUGCAUCUCUGCAAGAGUUACAAACGGAACGGGUUCAAAAAAGUGAACAAAGUAAUGCCCCUAGAGAAGAGGUGCACUCUUGUUCCGUCCCAGUGGAUGAUUUCUGGUAUGUGAACCACAUGUACGAAGAGGAAAUGAAACGUAUAGAGAAAGUGACUGAAGUUAAAAUCAAGGCAGAUGUGAAGGUGAGAUUUGAAGUCGACCAAAAACAUGGGAGACCAGACGGUGCUCUUGAUGAGUUUGCAAACCCUGUCCAGAAAAGCUUAGCUGAAUCCAGUGGCUCAGUUAUUCCUCUCAAGUUCAUAGAUCCAGAUCACUGGAGCAAAGUACUGAAAACCAUCCAGGAAAAGGAAAGUGAGCUUUUGGUUACUCUGACUUCUGAUGUAAUGACUGUGCGUGGGCCAGGACAAAGUCAAGAUGUUAUCAGUAAGUGCUUAUAUGCAGAUGCAAUGCAGACAACAAAUACACAUGGUUCUCUUGCUCAAUUUUUUGACCAAGUUCAGCUGGGGGAACAGAGUAGCACAGUUUCUGCAGGUGAAGAAAUGCACUCUUGUUCCGUCCCAGUGGGUCAUUUCUGGUAUGUGAACCACAUGUAUGAAGAGGAAAUGAAACGUAUAGAGAAAAAGAAUGAAGUUAAAAUCAUGACAGAUGUGAAGGUGAGAUUUGAAGUAGACCAAAAAUAUGGGAGACCAGACGGUGCUCUCGAUGAGUUUGCAAACCUUGUCCAGAAAAGCUUAGCUGAAUCCAGUGGCUCAGUUAUUCCUCUCAAGUUCAUAGAUCCAGAUCACUGGAGCAAAGUACUGAAAACCAUCCAGAAAAAGGAAAGUAAGCUUUUGGUUACUCUGACUUCUGAUGUAAUGACUGUACGUGGGCCAACACAAAGUCAAGAUGUUAUCAGUAAGUGCUUAUAUGGAGAUGCAAUGCAGACAACAAAUACACAUGGUUCUCUUGCUCAAUUUUUUGACCAAGUUCAGGUGGGGAAACAGAGUAGCACAGUUUCUACAUUGGAAGAGAUGUGCACUUGUUCCGUCCCAGUGGGUCAUUUCUGGUAUGUGAACCACAUGUAUGAAGAGGAAUUGAAACGUAUAGAGAAAAAGAAUGAAGUUAAAAUCAUGGCAGAUGUGAAGGUGAGAUUUGAAGUAGACCAAAAACAUGGGAGCCCAGAUGGAGCUCUAAAUGAGUUUGCAAACCUUGUCCAGAAAAGCUUAGUUGAAUCCAGUGGCUCAGUUAUUCCUCUCAAGUUCAGAGAUCCAGAUCAGUGGAGUAACGUACUGAAAACCAUCCAGAAAAAGAAAAACAAGCUUUUGGUUACUCUGACCUCUGAAACAAUGACUGUACGUGGGCCAACACAAAGUCAAGAGGCUAUCAGAAAGUUCUUAAAUGCAGAUACACAUCAGAAAAGAAACACAGAUGCUUCUCAUGAACAGAAUGAAAGAGAGACUCAAGACACAUCACUGGAGAUUGACAUGACCACCAAAGACCAUCUCAUGCAUAUGGGACUAACAAUGGAGGAGAGCUACUGGAAGGUGAUGAUUACCUCUUACAGUGAGAAGGUAGCAAAGAUCAAAGAUAAGUUUAAUGUGGACUUGAAAGAAUCAGACAUUGGUCAAGGCAAAGUCAAUGUCAAAGCUGUAUACAAGAGAGAUGAAGGAAAUGCCUCCAUGGAGAGCCAUGCUGUCAGAGAGCUUCUUUAUUUGUAUCAGAGAACUGCCACAUCUCCCAUGAACAUCUCCCAGUCCAAUACUGCUACUGAAAUGUGGGGUUGGUCAUGGCCAUGGCUGGAACAUGUUAAACCACGAAAACGGAGUAAGGCAGGUUCUGCAGCUGAAGAGGAGAUGCGCUCUUGUUCUGUCCCAGUGGGUCAUUUUUGGUAUGUGAACCACAUGUACAAGGAAGAAAUGAAACGUAUUGAGAAAGAGAACGGAGUUAAAAUUGAAGCGGAGUUAAAGUUGAAAUUUCAAGUAGACAAAAAACAUGGGAGCCCAGACAAUGCUCUAAAAGAGUUUGAAAACCUCAUGCAGAACAGUAUAACUGAAUCCAGUGGCUCAGUUAUUCCUCUCAAGUUCAUUGAUCCAGAUCAGUGGAGAGAUGCGCUGAAAACCAUCCAGAAAAGUAAAAAGAAACUUUUGGUUACUCUGACCUGUGAAACAAUGACUGUGCAAGGACCAAGACAUAGUCAAGAUGUCAUCAGUAAGUCGUUAUUUGGAGAUACAGUGCAGCAUACAAACACUCGUGCUUUUCUUGAAGAGUAUGAGAAAAAGAAUCUAGACACAUCACUGAAGACUGACAGGACCACCAAAGACUUGUGGCCGAUGACUACCUUUUGCAACAAGGAAGUAGACAGGAUCAAAGCUGGGUUUAAUGUGGAAAUCAAAGAAUCAGACAUUAAUCAAGGAAAAGUCGGUGUGAAAACUUUACACAAACAAGAUGAAGGACACUCCUUCAUGAAGGACUGCAGUCUCAAAUCUGCUUUCCAACCAUACUGGAUGGCUCACUGUGACUUACUGAUGAAGACAAACUGCAUUUCUCAAUCAGAGGGGGCCUCUAAUGACCCUGUGUCGAAUGGCCAAUCAGCAAACAGGAAGCACAACACUGACCGACCAACUGACAGUGGGACAACAGCAGGUGACCAAAAGGAUGAAAGGUGUCCUAUAUGUUUGGAUAAAUUCAAAAAUAAGAAACAGCUCAAGUGUAAAGAUGAAUUUUGUGAAGACUGCCUGAGACAAGCACUGGAGGCGAAUGGGCCCAUCUGUCCUGUAUGCAGAGUUGUCUUUGGUAAGAUAAUCGGAGACCAACCAGAUGGAAGAAUGUCACACCAGACAUCACCCUCUUCCCUCCCUGGAUACUCAGACUGUGGCACCAUAGUUAUCAACUAUGUGAUUCCAAGUGGAAUACAGACGGCAAAACAUCCCAAUCCUGGACAGCUCUACUCAGGUAUUCAUAGAACAGCAUGUCUUCCAGACAACAAAGAGGGCAAUGAAGUGCUGCAACUGCUGAAAAGAGCAUUUCAGCAGAGGCUCAUUUUUACUGUUGGGACAUCCAGAACAACUGGACUGGACAACCAGGUGACCUGGAAUGACAUUCCCCACAAAACAUCCACGUCAGGAGGACCAGAUCGCUUUGGGUAUCCUGACCCUGAGUACCUGAGCAGAGUCAAAGAGGAGUUAAAGGCCAAAGGCAUUGAGUGAAGUCUUUGAUACAAAGUGCAGGUGGAUUAGAAAGAGUUUAAAAACAAGAUGACUCUUUAAACAGACACUGAAAUUCAAACGUUUCAAAUGAUCAGUAAAGGCUAGAAUUCACUUUUUUCAUAAGCUACAUAUAUUAUCUUCAAAUACUAAAUGAUGAUUUUUUUUGAGGAUUGCCAAAGUUUUCAUCAUGUAACAAUAUAAAAUGUAGAUUUGCAUAAACACAUAGACUUAUAUAAUCUCAUGUCUACAGUGUUGAUGGUCUGACUUGCUGUUUGCCUAAUAAAUGAUUAAAUCCUCCA